AGUGUGAAAGUGAGGCAGGCAGUUGCAGUAUAGUUGGAAAGGAGAAAGAGAAACAUGCUCAGAGAAGCGGGUCUGGAUUUGUGAAUUCUUUUUGGUUCCUGCAAUUUUGCUCGGGCCGAGUCCCUCGUUGGCCUGCGUCCAUUUGUCCAUUCGUCCCGCCCGUCUCUCGUUGAAGCCACAGUAGCUGUUUUGGUUCUCGAAGGUGCUAUACUGGCGCUACUGCACCUGUAGCAGAGUCUGCAAAAGAGGAGCCUUGACGGGAAAGUGAAAGGAAGGAAGGACGGACGGACUGGUGCUGUGGGUCGGAGCCUCGUCAGCCCGGCUCUGCUUCACCCCCCCGAUGGGGGUUCUGGUGUGCUGCGACUGCUUCUUCUACCGGAAGUCAAAGACGAAGCCAAAUGGAAAGAAGCCCCCGCCUGAAGAGAAGAAGCAGUACCUGGAACUCGAGUACACAAAAAUCCGUGUGGUGGAUUUUGACCUCAAGGAGCUGGUGGUGCUGCCCAGAGAGAUAGACCUCAACGAAUGGCUGGCCAGCAACACGACAACAUUCUUCAAUCUUAUCAACCUGCAGUACAGCACUAUCUCAGAGUUCUGCACCGGGGACACCUGUCAAGCCAUGAAUGCCUGCAACACAAUAUACUACUGGUAUGACGAGAGGGGGAAGAAGACAAAGUGCACUGCUCCACAGUACGUCGACUUUGUGAUGAGUCUUUGUCAGAAACUGGUCACAGACGAGGAAAUCUUCCCUACUAAAUAUGGCAAAGAGUUCCCCAACUCCUUUGAGUCCUUGGUGAAGAAGAUCUGCCGGUACCUGUUCCACGUGCUGGCUCACCUCUACUGGGCGCACUUUAAAGAGACCGUGGCUCUGGAGCUGCAGGGCCACCUGAACACUCUGUACGCACAUUUCAUCGUUUUCGUAAGGGAAUUCAACCUGGUCGAUCCCAAGGAGACCUGCAUCAUGGACGACCUGUCCGAGGUCCUCUGCACCCCCGCCCCGCCACCCGCACCCGCACCCGCGCCCUCCCCUUCUUCACAGAACCACGUGACGGAGAGAUGAGCGGGGGGAGGUGAGAACAGCAGCCCGGGGGUGAAGAUAAGAUAGAUGCGAGAAGCCAAGACAGCCUGCCCCACCCCCCUCUUUGGUGCCAGGGAGGGGUUUGUCACGCCAGCAGGAAUUGGCGUGAGCAUUCCUCCCAGAGGCAAAUCCCUCCCACCUCCUCUGCAAUUUAAAAGUAUGUGUAUGUUUGUUUUUCUUUUUUUUGUUUUAUUUCACCUUUUCUGUUUUUCUUUUAAGUUUAAUUCAGUUUUCAUUUUUGCUGAGGGGGGGGGGGGGGUGCAGUGUGGCCCCUUAGUCUCCUUCUGUCCUCUACCUAACAUACAGUACAGGGAGGGGUUUCUGCUUUGCUUCAACCUGCUAUUGUACAGUGUUGUUAAUGUGAGGAGAAGAGAUGUUCUCCUCACCUGCAGGCUUGUCCUUCCCUCCUCCUCCUCCUGCUUGGUGGGGGGGGGGGGGGGGGGGCACGGCCACCACGCUGGCCAGUAGGGAGCCACGUUACUGCCUGACGGGGCGAUACUAGCCAAUCACUGUUUGGGUUGUUUAUGUAGGGGAUGAUUUGAAGCGCUUCCUACUCAGGACCUAAGAGAAUAUGUCACUGCUGCCAGAGAGGAGUUAGUCUCUCUUUUCUUUUGUUUUGAUUCUCUCGUUCACAGACUGCUUAUCCCUUUUUAGGGCCGACGUCGGGCGUGUUCAACUACAGUACAGUCACAUAAUCACAUGGCCCAGCGGCCACCUGUAGAGGGCAGCGAACAUGAAGAGAGGCUAACCCGCAACAGGGAGAUAGAGAUAGAAAUAUAAAAGAUUGUAUGAUGGAUAUUUAAAUUGGAUUCGAGUCGAGACGGACUGGUGCCAAUAUGAGUCCGAGUCGUGUGCCGGUGCUCUGCACAGCAGCAGCCACUUGAACCGCCACCAACACCCACUUCAGCAGCACAGAAGGACAAAGACAUGAGGUAAUGUCUGCAGGCCCAGAGAGGCGCACACGGAGGGAGUGACGGGUGGGAGGAGAUGAUGUGGAGCUGCUCUGCUGUUUAACAGCCAGUGCUUAAGUCAAGUUCUCCACUCCUGGUUUAUUAUUUUUACCCGACCCAUUUAAAAUUAGAUUAAAAAAAAAAA